AACAAGAACACUAUCAGCAUGGCUCUUAGAACUCUCUCGGCCAAGAAUGCCGCGGCCCUUGAUCAAGAGCUCAUGUCGGCCGGCGCAUUCUCCAUUGAUCAGUUGAUGGAACUCGCCGGUCUAUCCGUCUCACAAGCAGUCUUCAAACUUCAGCCGCUGAACAAGGGCAAGAGGAUACUGGUUGCUUGUGGACCGGGUAACAACGGCGGAGAUGGACUGGUCGCAGCAAGACAUUUGCACCACUACGGCUACCAACCUACUGUUUACUAUCCCAAGCAAAGCAAGAACGAGUUGUACCAGCGUCUCCGAAAACAACUCGAAGACCUAAAGGUCCCCUUCACAUCAGACUUCCCCAACGCCCUUCAAUCAACCGACCAUAUUGUCGACGCCAUAUUCGGUUUCUCCUUCUCAGGCGAAGUCCGCGAACCUUUCCCUAGUGUCAUCGAGGCCCUGCGCGACACCAAACUGCCAGUUCUCGCCGUUGACGCACCAUCUUCGUGGAACAUCGAGGACGGCCCACCCAGCGACGGACCGGGAGAAGGAUUCAUGCCGGAGGCGUUGAUCUCGCUCACCGCGCCGAAACCGUUAGUCAAGUGGUUCAAAGGAAGGCAUUUUGUGGGUGGGAGAUUCUUGAGCGAGGAGAUGGCAGGGAAGUAUGGGUUGGAUGUGCCGAAAUAUGAGGGACUAGACCAGGUUGUUGAGGUGGAUGUGGAUGGUGAUGAGGCUGCUUCUCAACUCUAG